GUCAGAGGCGCUGCAAGGCUUUCUGUCUGGAUGUAAGCAUGGGCCGCACGUUGCUCUGUGUGCCGGGUGUAGUACUUCUCGGUGUACUCCUCUGCCGUGGAAACCCGACAGCUAAAACGAAGCCUGUCCUGACUGUGUCGACACUGUGGCUGAGUCCCGGAGCCUCGGUGACGCUGAGCUGUGAGGUCAAGCCUUCUUCAGCAGCAUGGACGUUCUACUGGUACAAAGCUCUUCCUGACGUCUCCCUGGAAAAGUACAGGUACGAGCUGGUGCCCGGCAGCGGCGAAGGGACCAAAAACGACUACUACCAAAUUAAUGGUCAGGAACACACAGCAGGAUACGCAUGCAGAGCUGGACGAGGAAGCCCGGAGCUUCUCACUCAGUACAGUGAACCGAAGCUCGUCUGGUCAGGAGUUUCUCACCCGGCAGCGUCUCUCGCUCUGAGUCCGAUGAGAACGAAGCACUACACCGUCGAUGAAAUCCAGCUGACCUGUAGCGGAAAGUCUACACUCUGGAAAGUGAGGCGGUACAGACAGUACUACCCGUCGGACGUAUCGGACUGCUCCGCCUGGGGGAAAAUGACUGGAUCCACGUGCAACUUCAGCAGUCGCUGGUACCAGAAGGCCGUGUACUGGUGUGAGUCUGGAACCGGAGAGUUCAGCAACGCGGUCAACGUCACCAUACACCCACCAAGGGCGGUCCUCACUGUGUCUCCAUCAUGGCUGAGUCCCAAAGCCUCGGUAACUCUGACCUGUCAGGUGGAACCUCCGUCGACCUUGUGGAGGUUCUACUGGUACAGAGCCGUUCCCGACCAGUCCAAGUACAGCUACAGAUACGACCCACUGCGCGGUGCUAAUAAAGGGACUACGAAGAACUCGUACGUCACUCAGGGACAGAAGCACACAGCAGGAUACGCAUGCAGAGCCGGAAGAGGAAACCCGGAGAUCUUCACUGACUACAGUAAAAUCACGCUGAGCUGGUCUGCAGAAUCUCACCCGGCGGCUUCUCUCACGGUGAGGCCCCCCAGGGACAAGCUUUUCACGGGCGAUGAAAUCCAGCUGAAGUGCAGCGGGAGCCCCGGCACCUGGAGAGUGAGGAGGUUCAGACAGUCGCCCUACAACUCGGACGUUUCCGACUGCGUCAGCUGGGGGACCAUGUCCGAGUCCUCGUGCACCUUCCGCAGUCGCUGGGAGCAGACUGCCGUGUACUGGUGCGAGUCCGGAUCGGGGCAGCUGAGCAACGCGCUCAACGUCACCGUACACGCCACACCGAAGGCCGUCCUGACUGCCUCUACGCAAUGGGCGAGUCCUGGAGCCUCGGUGAUUCUGAGCUGUGAGGUUAAGCCUUCGUCGCCAGGAUGGAGGCUCUACUGGUACAAAGCUGUUCCUGAACAGCCCAACACCUACAAGUAUUACCCGCUGCCUGAGAAAGCCCACGAGACGCUGCAGCACUACGUCGUCCGUGAUCAGAAACACACGUCAGGAUACGCAUGUAGAGCUGGAUGGGGAUUCCCAGAGUUUUUCACCAAUUACAGCGAGUCGAAGAUCGUCUGGUCUGCAGAGUCUCACCCAGCAGCAGCUCUCACAGUGAGUCCUGCCAGAGACACCCUGUACACUGUCGACGAACUCCAGCUGACGUGCACGGGGAGCUCUGGUGACUGGAGAGUGAGGCGGUUCAGGCCGUACUACCAGUCCGACGUAUCGGACUGCUCCGUCUGGGGGAUGAUGACUGACUCCUCGUGCAUCUUCAACAGUCCCCAGUACCACAAAGGAGUGUACUGGUGUGAGUCUGCGUCAGGAGUGUUAAGCAAUGCAGUCAACAUCACAAUACAAGCUACACCGAAGCCGGUCCUGACUGUGUCCACAUCGUGGCUGAGUCCUGGAGGCUCGGUGACGCUGCGCUGCGAUAUCAAACCCGCGUCUACAAAAUGGAGGUUCUACUGGAACAAAGCCGUCCCCGAUCUAGCGGAGAACAAGUACAGAUACGAGCUGCUGUCUGACACCGUCGGCGGGACGGUGCAGGGGUCCCACGUCGUCCACGGAGAGACGCACACGGCUGUGUACGCGUGCAGGGCUGGGAGAGAAAAAGGACAGUUUUUCACCGAGUACAGUGAACCAAAGUUUGUCUGGUCUGCAGAAUCUCACCCAGCAGCGUCUCUCACAGUGAGUCCCGCCAGAGAAAAACUUUACAUCGUCGACGACAUCCAGCUGAAAUGUGCAGGAAACUCUGCUGACUGGAGAGUGAGGCGCUUUAGACAAUCAUACUACAAGUCAGAUUUAUCGGACUGCUCCAGCUGGGGAACAAUGAACGGACCCUUGUGCACCUUUAGCAAUCCCUUCUACCGUAAAGCAGUGUACUGGUGCGAGUCCGGAGCAGGAGAGUUCAGCAACGCGGUCAACAUCACUGUAGAACCUGCACCACAGCCCCUUCUGACCGCGUCUCCACCGUGGCUGAGUCCUGGAGUCUCUGUGACUCUAACCUGUGAGGUUAAACCUUCCUCUGUGGGAUGGAGGUUCUACUGGUACAAAACUGUUCCUCAUCUAUCAGAGAGUAGCUACAAAUAUGAUCCACUGCCUGACGUCACCACGGGGACUGUAGAGAACGCCUACAUCGUCUAUGGGCAGAAACACACAGCAGGAUACGCCUGCAGAGGUGGGAAAGGAAACCCAGAGCUUUUCACCGACUACAGUGAACCAAAGAUUGUCUGGUCUACAGCUUCCAAUCCGCAAGCGUCUCUCACCGUCAGUCCCAAGAGAAAGAAACUUUUCGUCAAGGAGAAAAUCCAACUGAUGUGCACGGGAGGCUCGGCUGACUGGAGAGUGAACAGGUUUAGACAAUCGUACUACCAGUCGGAGUCGUCCAACUGCACCGUCUGGGGGAAGAUGACUGGCUCCUCGUGCACCUUCAUAAGUCCCGAGAACGACGAAUCGGUGUACUGGUGCGAGUCCGGAUCGGGAGAGUUCAGCAAUGCGGUCAACAUCACUUUAAAACCUGCACCAAGGCCCCAGCUGACUGUGUCUCCAUCUUGGCGGAGACCUGGAGCCUCAGUGACUCUGAGCUGUGAGGUUGAACCUCCAUCAGCAGAAUGGAGGUUCUACUGGUACAAAGCUGUUCCAGAUCUAUCUAAAGGCUACACAUAUGAUCUGCUGCCCGGUAGCACUAAAGGGACGGUGCAGGACUCCUUUGUCGUUCACGGUCAGGAACACACAGCGGGAUACGCAUGCAGAGCUGGAAUCGGAAACCCAGAGAUCUUCACCGAUUACAGUGAGCCAAAGAUCGUCUGGUCAGCAGAGUCUCGCUCAGCAGCGUCUCUCACAGUGAGUCCCACCAGAGACAAAUUUUACAUCGUCGACAACAUCCAGCUGCAAUGUGCAGGAAGCUCUUCUGACUGGAGAGUGAGGCGCUUUAGCUAUUCAUACGACCAGUCAGACUCAUCCAACUGCUCCAGCUGGGGAACAAUGACUGGAUCCUCGUGCACCUUCAUCAGCCCCCGGUACCACAGAGCAGUUUACUGGUGUGAGUCUGGAUCCGGAGAGUACAGCAACGCGGUCAACAUCACUGUAAACAUUUCUCCAAAGCCCACACUGUUUGUGUUUCCAUCGUGGCCGAGUCCCGGAGCCUCGGUGACUCUAAGAUGUCAGGUCGAACCUCCGUCUGCGGAAUGGAGGUUCUACUGGUACAAAGCUGUUCCUGAUCUAUCACAGAACAACUACACACAUGAGCCACUGCCUGGCGUUACCGUAGGGACUGUAGAGAACGUCUACAUCGUCCAUGGACAGAAACACACCACAGGAUUUUCAUGUAGAGCUGGAAAACAAAACCCAGAGUAUUUCACUGGGUACAGUGACCCAAGGUUUGUCUGGACUGCAGAAUCUCACCCAGCAGCGUCUCUCACAGUGAGUCCCGCCAGAGACAAACUUUACAUCGUCGACGACAUCCAGCUGAAAUGUGCAGGAAGCUCUUCUGACUGGAGAGUUUGGCGCUUUAGACAAUCAUACUACAAGUCAGAUUUAUCGGUCUGCUCCGGCUGGGGAACAAUGACCGGAUCCUCGUGUACGUUCAACAAUCUCCAGUACAACGUAGCUCUGUACUGGUGUGAGUCUGGAGCAGGAGAGUACAGCAACGCCGUCAACAUCACUAUGCACCUUGUGCAAAAGCCCCGACUGACUGUGUCUCCGCCGUGGCUGAGUCCCGGCGUCGCCGUGACGCUGCACUGCGAGGUGGAGCCUCAGUCCACAAGAAGGAGGUUCUACUGGUACAAAGCUGUUCCUGAUCUGUCGCAGAUUAAAUUCAGAUAUGACUUGCUGCCCGACAGCGUCGAUGGGACAAUAGACAACUCCUUCGUCAUUCACAAACAGAAACACACAGCCGGAUACGCGUGUAUAGCCGGAUGGGAAAACGUAGAGUAUUCCACUAAUUUCAGUGAACCACAGUUUGUCUGGUCAGCUGACGCUCACCCAGCAGCGUCUCUUGCAGUGAGUCCGGUCAGAGCAAAACUUUUCACUUUCGACGAAGUCCACUUGUCCUGCACAGGAGACUCUGCUGACUGGAGAGUGAGGAGGUUCUCAGAAUCGUCCUACUCGGACUGCUCCGUCUGGGGCGUAAUGACCGGGUCCCUGUGCACCUUCAGCAGCCGCUGGCUCCACAACGCAGUGUACUGGUGUGAGUCUGGAUCCGGAGAGUUCAGCAACGCACUCAACAUCACCAUACACCUUGCGCCGAUUCUUCAGCUGACUGCGUCUCCAUCAUGGCUGAGUCACGGAGCCUCAGUGAACCUGAGCUGUGAGGUCGAUCCUCCGUCUGACGGAUGGAGGUACUACUGGUACCGAGCUGUUCCUGAUCUGUCGAGAAACGACUACAGAUAUGAGCUGCUGCCUGACAGCGUCAAUGGGACGGGGCAGGACUCCCUCGUCAUUCAUGGACAGAGACACACAGUAGGAUAUGCGUGUAGGGUGGGAUAUGGAAACCCAGAGUUUCUCUCUCGACACAGUGAGCCGAAGUUCGUCUGUUCUCCAGUCUCCAGUCCAGCAGCGUCUCUCUCAGUGAGUCCUGACAGAGCGCAGCACUUCACCAAUGAGUCUGUGACUCUGAACUGUGGAGGAAACUCUGCCGAGUGGAGAGUGAUGAUGAUGAGAGAGUUAAGCUCCUCACUGCACUCAGACUCGUGCUCCACCUGGGGGUCAAUGAAUGGAUCCUCGUGCACCUUCAGCAGCCAACAGUUCUAUAAAGCAGCGUUCUGGUGCGAGUCUGAAUCAGGAGAGCUCAGCAACGCCGUCAACCUCACUGUGCAAGAUGAAGAUCUUCUCCUGGUGAGCCCCGUCCAUCCUGUGACUGAAGGAGCUUCUGUCACUCUGAGCUGCAUAACCAGAGAACAAAACCAACUUUCCAAUGUGAUUUUCUACCACAACAACGAGCUGAGACAAAAUGACAGCAGAGGAGAGCUGAAGAUCUCUGCAGUGUCUCAGUCAGAUGAAGGUUUCUACAAGUGUGAACAUUCAGGAGACGUUUCACCUCAGAGCUGGGUGGCCAUUGAAGCUGUUUUAAAGAAGAGCAGCUCUUCGUUUUCUGUGAUGUGGGCCGUCGGAACGGUCUGCGUAAUCGUCUUCAUUGUUCUCCUGCUGCUUCUGAUUCGCUUCAUAAGGCUCAAAGGCACUUCCUACUUCUAUGACUUAGUGAGACCCACUAAAGAGCCUGCAAACGAUCCAAAGAAAGGUCAAAGCAACUCCUACUCUCUCCUUAAAUUUAAAAACACUGGAAACUUGAGGCGCUAUCCGGAACGAGAUGACAACUGUGACUUGAGAGCAGGAGCUGCAGGAAGGUCCAGUCCAGCUGCAAGCAACACAGCCGUUUAUUCUGAAGUGAGAUCGACCUCUGGACAUUGAUGAUGCUGUUUGGACUGAAUGUUGGAGGGGUUUGUUCCAAAAGACAGCUUUAGAUAUAUAUUUUCAUAUGUGCUUAAGCGAGUCAUGAUCCGGAUAUUGAAAUGUUUAAUUCAAGAUUGGUUCGAGAAACAUUCCAACGUGAAACGAAAUAACAAAGACGAAAGUACAGGGUGAGGUCAAAUGUACCUUAUUUCAAGACGAAAUCAGAAAUAGGGGCAUUUGUCAACGUUGGACUAUAAAAUGCAUAAAAAUUUUUUUUAAAAACUAAACCCGAAGUAAAAAAGGAACAGAUUUACAGAUUAGGAAUGUUAUUUUACAAAGGGAGAGAUUGAGGUUUACAUUCUGGCUGUUUAGUUUUAAGCGAACACAGGGCAACAAAAACAAACGUAUGUCCCAACAGGGGCCAGUGGAGGUUUCUGAAAUGGGCGACAGGGGCAACCGCCCAGGGUGGCAUCUUCUAAGGGGCAGCAUAUGCUCCGCCAACCCCUGCGGUGGCCCCCGCUCUCACAAUGGAGGGAUCUGAAUAAAGCACGGUGAUGUGAUGCCUAGUUUGUUUACGUAACUGCAUAGUGAAAGGGUGAGGGGUUGCUAUGGUCACACAGGUGUCUGACUAAAUCAGAACCAUGAUAAACAGAGGAAGUCCCAGACUGUAUAAGUGCCUAACAUAAAAAGAGCAGCAACAGUGGGACUUUAACAAUGACUUUGAAGAACAACGUCAUUCUGUCAUUACAUGUGGAAGGAAUAUUUACUGACUGGAGCAA